AUGGAAAUGCUCGGGAACCGUCGACGAAAGCCCGAGGCCGUUUCUCCGUCCCUCCUGGGCGAACAGUUGCCAGGAGAGGCUGUCCGGCCAAGGGAAGGAGGAAGCGCGCCGCCGGCUCGAGGGGUGUUGGGGCCGGUAGCAAGCAGCGCGCACGCGCCCUCGCGCAGCAGCAGCAGCAGCCCACCCCCCACCCCAUUCCUCAAGGUGUUCACGGAAGAUGGCGACGGCUUGAAGGCGAGCGAUGGGCAGGCGGAGUUCCCCCCGGCGCCAGGCUCUUGCUCCGCGACGCGGCGGUCCGGAGGAGAAGCGGGCGAAGGCGGAGCGGGCGCGCGGCGGGCGAUCGGGAGCGAGCCGGCCGGCCAGGCCCCGUCGGAGCUGAGCGGGGAUGGGGGGGAGGGGGAGAAGGAGGAGGGCCGAGCGGUGACGGACGGACGGAGCCGGAGCCGGGGGAUGCCGACGCGCCGGGGCCGGCCAUGCGGCAGGAAGAGGCUGGGGGCGCCCUCGGGGCGGGGAUCGGCGGCGGAGGGCGCGGCGGCGGACGGGGGGCGCCGCCGCCGCGCGUCGCCUCGUGGCCGGGGAUGCUUCUGCCGCCGCCGCCCGUCGUCGCCGAGCCACCAUGCCGCGGAGGAGGAGGAGGAGGAGGCCGGUGACAUUACCGGGGAGGGGGUGCGGAGAGGAGCCCCGAGAAGGAAGAGGAGCCGGAGCCCCGCCGCCGCCCCCUCCAAAAAUAUGACCGGCGGCGCCGCCUCCCAGAACCGCCGCCGUUGCAUCCGAACCCCGCCGAAUCCCCCCGAGAAACCGUGUGCCGACUCGGAACGGGCCCAGAAAUGGCGCCUGUCGCUGGCCUCUCUCCUCUUCUUCACCGUCCUUCUCUCCGACCGCCUCUGGCUUUGCGCCGCCGCCGGGGCCCAGCUUAGAGCCCAGGAUAGGAGCGUCACCCGGCCGGAGGCCGCGGUGAGGAGCGGUGGAGGCGCAGCCCCGACUGCGGAGGCGCGGCUCUGCCCCAACCAAGACUUGAGCUCAGCUUGUGGCCAACCGGCCGCGCCUCCCAGACCAGAAGCCGCGGCAGCGAGCAGCCCCGACGGCGCGGCCCCGACGGAGCAGCCCUGCCCGGACUUAAGCUCUGCCUGCAGCCACCGCCGCCUCUUGCAAGGGCCGCCCGGGUCCGCCUUCCCGGCUGCCGCGCCUGGUGAGGCGUCCCCGCCGCAGCUAGCCUUCCUGGAGCGGCACUUCCGCGGCCUGCGGCUCCCGUUCUGCCAAGCCUACACCGUCUGGGACCUGCUGCUGGGCAUGGCCGCCGCGGAGAGCCUGGACUGCAGCCUCCGGAGCCUGUUGGCCGACGUGGCAGCGGCGGCAGGAGGGGCGCAGCGCGGGGAGGCCUGCAGCAGCUGUCUCGAGGCCUACCAGAGGCUGGACCAACAUGCUCAGGAAAAGUACGAGGAGUUCGAGGAGCUGCUGGAGAAGUACCUGCAGGCCGAGGACUAUUCCGUGCGCUCCUGCCUGAGAGACUGCAAGGCUGUCUACAAGGCAUGGCUGUGCUCUGAGUACUUCAAUGUGACCCAACUGCAGUGCCAACACCGGAUCCCAUGCAAGCAAUACUGCCUGGAGGUGCAAACAAGAUGUCCCUUCGUCUUGCCUGACAAUGAUGAGCUGAUCUAUGGAGGGUUGCCUGGCUUCAUCUGCACAGGGUUGCUGGAGAAGGAGCUGCCUGACCAGGAAGCCAAGUGCUGUGAUGUGCGGUGGGACUCCUGUGACCGGCACCUGGAAGGCAAUCGCAAUGCAUCUGCCAAAUCGGAGCCAUUCCAUGACCAACACCACAACACCCCCCAUCACCACCAGCAACGGCAGCAGCAGCACUACAACCUGUACUAUCACCACACCCAGUACCACCACCACCACCCGUCCCUGCUGCCAGUGUCUGCAGGGUCCCGCCUCAGCAACAGCAAGAUCCGGUUCUGCGUCCUGGUCCUGAUGCUCCUCCACACCAUGGUGUCCUUCUCGAGUGUGCACAGCAGUGGGGGACUGAGCUUGGGGGCCUUCCCCACCAUGGAUGAGACCCUCGCAAGGGACGAGUGAAGCUCCUCUGCAAGGCAAGG